UCCCUUUCUUCUCUUUUAGACUUUUUAGUCCAUUUCUUUUUCUUGAUCUUUGGCUUUUACCCUCGCACUUUUCCCCAUUUCUUUCCUCUGUUCAAAUCAACGAGCUAAUUUUCCGAGGAACAAUGGAGGACUGGGGCCCAGUGUUCAUAGCGGUGGUGUUGUUCGUUCUGUUAACUCCGGGCCUAUUAUUCCAGCUUCCUAGCCGUGGGAAAGUGGUUGAAUUCGGGAACAUGCAAACCAGCGGCGUCUCCAUUUUGGUCCAUGCCGUAAUUUACUUUGGCCUCAUCACUAUCUUCCUCCUCGCCAUUGGUGUCCAUGUCAAUAUUGGAUAAGUAAAUUUUACCUUCACUUGUUGGCUGCCUGCAGAAACAUUAGUACAAAGGUAUCUAACUGGUGGUGCAUACUGUCUGUUACAGCAUGCAUGCAUUAUCGGCCAGCAUCCCUAGUGAGUAGUCCCCUUAUAUUCUCUGCCCAUCUGAGGAGGGUUUUCAUAUCCUUCUCCUAAUUGUUAUGGAAGUUUUUUUUUUGAUUCCCCGUGUUUGGAGCCCGCAUUAGUGCUCGACUAAAUUUGGAUCGUGCACUGCAGGGUCCAUUUGGGGUAGCUCCCAACAGAAUUUUCUCCAUAUCCUGAGUUCGAAUCUGAGACCACUAGUUAAGGGUGGAUCAGUCCCACCCUUGCACCACAACCAUGUUGCUAAUGGAAGAUUCAUUAGCAAGGACAAUGUGUUUGUGAAAAUUUCAAACAAUAAGUCAUCUUCGGGUGUUUGGUGUCAAAAUGUAUUUUUCAAGUAACACAUCUUUCUCCAAAUGAAGGAAAGAGACUUCCUUCACUUGUGAGCAAGUGUCAUUUUCCUUCACAGUUAUUGUAACUCUGAAAAAUACUGAACUUUGUAGGUAGAUGGUUUUUCAGCUAAUAGCACAAUCACUUUGGAAUUGCCUCGUGAACUGGUUAUGAUACAUAUUGUCAAAUAAGAUCAUUAGAGUGGUGAGAUUAGAUAUAGUCGAGAUUAUGAAACAGUGGCACAAUCAGAAUUUUCACUAAGGAAUUCAAAUAUGAAGAAGUAGGGUUCGGAUGAAUCCCCUUGCUUCCACUUGGCUCCGCCACUGUUAUAAAAUGGAACAAGUUAAUAAUGAGAUUUCUCAUUCGUUGGUUGAUCAACUGUAUGUACAUAAAAUGGUUAAAGGAAGUGUAGUAAAUG